UCGGCCCUCGCCGGGCUUCCUACCGCCGCCGCCGCCCGCUCCCCUCCGGCUGCCCCCGAGUCCCCUCGCCCGGCGGGCGGGACCGGGCAGGGGGAACCGCUCUCUCGCCCCUCGCCCCGCGCGGCCGCUCCCUGCAGACGGGAUGCGGCGCCGCUCGCGGGCGCGGCGGGGCCCGGUGGCGGGCCCUGGUUGGGGGCUGUCGCUUCUCCUUUAAGAAAAAAAAAAACGCCCCGUCGGGCGGCGGGUGAAAGUCGGUGACAAAAUGGCGGCCGGCGCAAGGGGGGCGGGGCCAGAGCGAGGAGCUCCGCCUACUUCCGCUGGGUCUCCGCGCAUGCGCUCGGCCUGCCGGGAAUUGUAGUCCAGCGGGGCGCUGGCGCGGCCUGGCCGGAAGUGGGCGCGAGGCACGCUGGGGGCUGCGGGAUGUGUCCAGCCGUGCUGCCUUAAGUAGCGCUGGGUUGGCGUUUGGUGUUUAAUUCCAGUCUAUAAAUCAGCAGGCUGUGAGAGUGCUCAAGUAACCUUUUGUUCUGUGGAGAACCACAGCCUGAUUCCUUCUGACCGAGCCCUGGCCGUGGGAAGGAGGUGUCCGUCCUGAUGCAGGAGCUUCUCUGGGUUAAUUGCUCCUUUGUAGGCAGGGCAUGAGAUUGCUUAAUACUCAUCAAAAUGGCUUGGUUAAAGCACUGUGUGGAAAUACAGCUCAGCUCAGGACGGCUCAGCCAUCUGCAUCCACUGAGCUUGAGUUUCAUAGCGUUACAGCUUCAGAUGCUUCAUUGCAGUAGAGGCCGUAUCUGCACUGAGGGGACAGUCAAAUCACUGAGAUGCCUAAAAAUAACCCAAGACCUUCUGCAGACAGGAAGGUUCUUUUACUUGCAAAAAGGGAAGUGUCUGACACAACCACUGCUUCAGAGCCACAGUAAGAGUGUAAUCACCCACACUCAUCUUGCCUUUGGGCGGCUCUUGUAUUGCUUGCUGUGAAACAAGCUGUGGGGCCUGGGGUUUGGCUCCUAUGUGGCUUUUCCUGAGACAACACCCUGCUGAAUGUCCUCGCUGUGGGACGGUAACAAAAGAGCUGUCACCAGCGUGGAGAGUGUCAGUAACUAAAUGAAACUUGGUGUGCUAGCUUGGUACAAAAGGGUUUAAUUCAGCCCUGUGGCUGAGCUGAUUAGAAAUGGUUGCCGGUUCCAAAUGCCAGGAGUGAAAUGGAGGAGGCGGCAGCAGAGAUGUGACGCCAGGGAAUGUGGGAGGGAGAUCAAAGAGAUCCCCAUGGCAUGGGAGGGAUGGCAGAGGUGAGGCUGUAGCGGGACGAGAUGUGUUACUGCAGGAGAAGUAGCAGGGAGCCAUGGGCUCUGCCAGAACGGCAAGUAUCGUUUGCUCCCAUAGCUUUAGAGCAGCCUUGGAAUCCAAAGGGGGCUAGCAAGGAUGUGCUGUGAGUCCCCUCCCCAUGAAGGCACAGAUGUGUGGGGGGAAUGCAGGGGUGCCUGCUGCACAUGGGGAUACCAUCUCUGCUAUGUAGUGCUGGUGGAUCCAGCAGAGGACUACAAGGAACCUGGGUUCCUUGUCAAGUCAGGAGCCCCUUGGUCAGCCACUGCUCAGUUUGUUUCCUUUCUGGCCCCAGCCUUCGUCACUUGUUACUCGUUGCAUGUGAUGCGCAACCCACAAAGGAAAAAGCCCAACGAUGAACCCUGGCGUCAGGGGUGGAGGCAAGGCUGGGGAGCGGAACUGAGCACUGGUGCAGCCCAGCCUGCUGCUUGCACUGCCCUGCAGAGGCAGGAUGGAGGAUUUGGACGCGUUGCUGGCAGAGCUGGAGCAGAGCUCCCAGCCGGCCCCAACAAGCUACAUGUUGCUGACAUCCAGCAGCAGGCAGCAGGAUGCACCUCCAGACAAGCCCCCAGCUCCCAGCAACCAGAAGCCACUUACAUCAGCAGCCCCAAAGGUGCCACUGCCACCUCGGUCUCAGCCUUCAGGUGAAAGUUUGGAAUCUGUGUACAGCAGUCCCAUGCCGACCCCACAACCACUACCUGCUUCGCCGGAACCCACAGAGGCCGCCCGGCAGCUGGAUGAGCUCCUGGCUGACCUGGGCCAGAUGCAAAGCAAGCAGCUGGCAGCGGUGGGGCAAGGAGCCAGAGCACAGGCAGGCCCUGAACACUCGCUGGACCGCAUGCUGGGUGGCCUGACGCGGGACCUGCAGGAGCUGGGCAUCACUGCUGCUCCUGCUGCUGUCUGUGCCGCUUGCCACAAGCCCAUCGCCGGCAAGAUGUUCACGGCCCUAGGCGAAACCUGGCACCCCGAGCACUUCACCUGUGCGCGCUGUGGGCAGGAGCUGGGUGGGCGGCCCUUUUUUGAGCGUGGAGGGCAGGCGUAUUGCGAGGAGGACUACCACCAGGCCUUCUCCCCACGCUGUGCCUACUGUGCUGGACCCAUCCGCGAGAAAGUCCUCACUGCCAUGGACCAGACCUGGCACCCCGAGCACUUCUUCUGUGCCCACUGCGGGAAGGUGUUUGGAGAUGACGGUUUCCAUGAGCGCGGUGGGAAACCCUACUGUUUCCAGGACUUCGUGGUCCUCUUUGCCCCCAAGUGCCAGGGCUGUGAGCGGCCACUGACAGACAACUACCUGUCGGCUCUGCAGGGCGUCUGGCAUCCUGAGUGCUUCGUCUGCGCGGACUGCUUGAGCAGCUUCGCCAAUGGCUCCUUCUUUGAACUGGAGGGCCGGCCCUACUGCGAGCUGCACUUCCACCAGCGGCAGGGCAGCGUGUGCCAUGGCUGUGGGCACCCCAUCACUGGCCGCUGCAUCACAGCUGCUGGGCGCAAGUACCACCCCGAGCACUUCAUCUGCGCCUACUGCCUGAGCCAGCUGCACAAAGGCACCUUCCGUGAGCAUGGGGAGAAGAUGUACUGCCAGCCCUGCCACGACAAGCUCUUCCUUUGAGCUCCAAGUUCUGUGCUUUUAGGAGCUGCUGCUUUGCUUGGCUUCCCUGUCAUCCAGCACCAAGAGCAUUUCCCCUGCUGAGCCAAAAAUCCCUAGGAUUGUACCUCUCAGCAUCUCCAGAAUUGCCCUAGCUGAAGCUAACACCCCUUGGUGUCCCACCCCUCCACAACCACAGCAUUGUUCCUUUCAUACAUGACAGUCCUGGCCUUACACCCACAAAACCCCAGCUUUCACUUGAGCAGGCUUCCCUCAGCCACUUCUCUUACAGUCAUUGUUGUUGCCAGAUUAAAAAGUGUCUAAGUUAAGAAA